UUAUACAAGUUUGACAAAUUAAUGAUAUUUUUAGGUAUAAUUUCAACAUAUUCUACCACUUUUAUUUUAAUGCCGUUAAAACGGCAGCUUUGAUUUCGAUUGCAAAAUUAAACACUGAGAAGUUAUUGGUCUUUGUUUCAUAUCUGUCUUUUUCUUGCGCAAGUACCUGGCUUAGCAAACGAGUUCUUUUUUUGAUAUACGGUAGGACCUCUUAGUUCAUUUUGGUUUUAUGAAUAAUCAGUCAAAGCAAUGGGUUGUUAGUUAGUUCAAAAUACUCCAUCUAAUUUGGGUUUCCUGUAACAAAGGCUAACAGAACUGGAAGCAAUGCGUUGAAAGGGCAGGUGUUUGGCCAACUCCGAGGAAACCAUUUUUUUAAAUAGGAAAAUUCAAGUUCUUCUCAAGGAGUAACGCAUCGCUAAGAUGCUCUUCAUUUCGAAGAUAGAGACUUGGUCUAUUUUAUUAAGAGAGAGCAGAAUUAAAAGAAAAAAAAUGAGACAUUAAAAUUAGAGCUGGGCAAAUCGUUCAUUUCAAAAGAUCGAAUCGUUCAAAGAUUGGUUUCACCAAAGAUUCGGUCUUUUCUAUCAAUCGUUCUUUCGUUCAUUUAUUCAAAACCAUUUCUUUUUCACUCAUUUCGUUCUGACCGGAAUACCUUGAAAUGGAACGAAAAUGUUUUCAUGUAUUGUAUACCCAUUUCUUUCAAUCUUUAAUAUAUCCAUCUCAUUUUUUGUCUGAAAAAUUUACCGUUCAUUUACAUUCGUUUUCAAAAGAUCCAGACAAAUUUCAGUUGAAGAAUUCUAAAACUUGUAGAUAUUCUUAAAAAUAAAAUGUUAUAAUUGAAUGUUUUUAAUAUUGAAGGAAACAUAAAUAUUGGUAGGUUUAAAAAAAAAAAAUCAUCAACAUAGUUUAAAGUAAAUUUUCUACAGAACAAUGUCAUCUGAAUUGAGUAAGAAACGCAGUGCAGUUUGGAUGCAUUUUUCUUUACUUGACGACAACAAGGCCAAAUGUUGUUACUGUCAAAAACCAAUAAGUUUCAACGGUUUUGCAACAGGAAAUUUAAAAAGGCAUUUAAAAUCUGUUCAUGUCGGGGUAAAUGUAGACAAUGCGAGAUAUCUUCCUCAGUCAAACACCUCACUACCUAUUCCAUCAAAUACAACCAGUCCACAAACACCAACAACACCAAGUCACAUAAACUCAGAUUCAAGAAAUUUUCCAGUCCAAGUCCCUCGUUCCGCAAAUAAAACUUCCAGUGAUCCACCUACUUCAAUUUUGAGACAUUUUUCAACCCCAUCCACAUCAACAAAUAUUCCAAAAACACCAUCAACAAAUAAUAUGACUUCAAAUUCAACACAUUUAAAUACUCCAUCAACUUCCACUUCAUCCAGACUUAUUUCCGAUUUAAUUGAAAUUGAUGCUGCCCCCACUGCUGCAAUAAAUUCAGCCAUAACAUCAACUCCAACUUCAACAUUCACAGCACCUGCACCGAGACAACAAGAAAUUACAUCUUUCAUGAGAAGGCCAAUCUCAGUUUCACUGACAAAACAACUGGACGAACAACUUACAAAAACAAUUGUGAAACAAUACUAUCCCUUUUCCAUGGUGGAAGAUACUGAAUUCAAGGAAUUUGUUAGAAUGCUUUGCCCCACAUACCAAAUGCCAUCUAGGAAAACGGUCUCAAACUCCCUUAUUCCUCGGAUGUUUAGCGAAACAAAAGCUAAAGUUCAGGAAAUGCUUGCAUCCGUAGAAUCAGUAUGUGUAACAACAGAUGGAUGGACUUCCAUGACACAACAGAGUUACAUUGGUAUGACUGUUCAUUUUAUCCAGGAAGGUUUGGAGAGCUUAGUGCUAAGGUCCAACCUUUUAGGAUGCAUACCGUAUGACCAGAGCCAUACAUCCAGAAAUCUGGGAAAUUUACUGAAAUCCGAAUUGCAAGCUUGGGGCCUAGAAAGCAAGGUAACAUGUGUUGUGACGGACAACGCUGCAAAUAUUGUUGGUGCCGUCAAAGCAAAUAACUGGAGUCAUUUUCCGUGCUUUGCUCACACAUUGAAUUUGGUCCUAGGUGAAGGUAUAACUAUACUAGACCCUCAGCUUGUAAAAAUCAAGAGCAUCGUUGCCUUCUUUAAAAGAAGCUCUAGAGCAACCGUAAAGCUCACUAGCAUGCAGAAAGAGCUAAAUCUUCCAGAGCUCAAACUAAAAAACUCGUGCGCAACACGGUGGAAUUCAACUUACGAUAUGCUAGUGAGAAUCGUUAAAGUCAAGUCCGCCGUGGUAGCAGUAUUAGCCAUCGAAAAUCCGGAGCUAAACUGUGUGUCGACAAGCGAAUGGAAGAUGUUGGAGAAGGCAGCGAAAGUUUUCCAGAUAUUUCAAGCCAUCACUGAAGAAAUCUCAGCUGAAAAGAAUGUGACGAUUUCUAAAGUUAUGUUGAUGGUGUCGGCAAUAAAAAACCAUUUAUCUAAAUUAUCUGUGGAGAACCAUUCUUCUUCGGAGUUUGACCCAGCAAUUGACCAUAUUAUAGGCGUUCUAUCUACAUCUCUGAACACAAGGUUUAAAUUUUUAGACUUCUCUGUAGACGAAAAACUUGCCCAAGCUACUUUAUUGGAUCCACGGUUUAAAAAAUUUGGCUUUGCAAACGUGAGCACGUAUAAGAGAUGUCUUAAAGAACUUAAAUCGAAAGCUCUGCCACUACAAAACUCGACACUGACACCCGUUGCAGAGGAAUCAAACGCUUCUAACCAAGCUUCAGGAACUACAGCUUCAAGAGAACGAAAUUCCUUGAUAUGGGAGGAUUUCGAUUCACGGGUCGAUUAUAUAAUCGCCAACCCAAACCAAUUGGCAGCAACAAUUAUGGAAGUCGACAAAUACAUAAACGAACCUCUCAUAAGGCGAAAUGAAGACCCCCUUAAAUGGUGGAGCGACAGAAAACAUAUUUAUCCACGCUUGUACAGACUCGUUUUGCGCAGAUUGUGCAUAGUUGCUACGAGUGUACCUUGUGAAAGAGUUUUUUCCAAAGCGGGUCUAACCAUUGAAAGCAGACGCAGUAGCCUCAAGCCAGCGAAAGCAGCCCAGUCCAUUGUUUCAAGUAAAUUGUAA